AUGCAGUCCUUAGACCUCGUAGACUUUCCAGAGGAGUUGAUAGAAGGUAUCCUAUCGCACUGCGUUAUUGCUGCCAUUACUCAGCCAUCCCGCCCUUCAUGGCAUCAAUCUGGACCUUCUUCAACACCGUCGCAGGCCAUACGUGGCCGACUAGCACCAUUACUCGUCUGUAGAAAAUUCCUCAGGAUCGCAACUCCUCUAUACUACCACACUGUACACGUUCUUUCAUCGGCUCAACUGCACCGCCUUCUAUUGGAUGCACUGCUACCAAGCCCCGCUCUGGCCCUCCACAUUCGCCGCAUCGUCUUUGCCGGGAUAUGGGCCGAGGGUGGUGAAAUUCUUCGGAUGUGUGAAGGGUCCAUCAAAUUCCUCGAUAUUACUCUGGAUUCCACACAGCUUUCGGGCGCAAGUGGGCCAAUUCGUGACCUUGACGCCGAAGAAUUUUGCGAGGGCCUGAAGGAGCUCACAGCUUUGACCCACAUCGUCAUUCGUAAACCUAAUGAUGUGUACAUCACGAGGCCUAAGCCCCGUUAUGUAUUAUCAGAAAUCGCGAAAGCGAUGAACAGUUGGGAACACCUGGAAUACGCUAACAUCGCUUUUCGUGCGUCCGACGACUCGGGCACAUUGCUCCAUGGCUCUGUUGAAGCUCAGUCCUCCCGUGGGGCACACAUCCAACAUGGGCCUAUCACUGCUCUUACGCAAUCUCUGAGCACCCGCCCUAAUUUGCAAACCUUCUGUACGCUUCUCCCGAGUGUGUGGAACGAGGUUAUCCUUCGAGUGAGCGCAAACCCUUCACUCGAACGUAUCAUCCUAGGUGAUGGCCACUCCCAGAACAUCCGGUCAAGCCCCUUCACGAACUCCCGGUCGUCGACACCUACCUGGUCCUCUAAAGACCAUUACGCGGGGCCUGUUAGUGUUGGUUUGCCUCCAUCUUGGCCUCAUUUUGAAAUGGCUACUUCUGGAGUUAUGGGGACGGGACUUUUCAUGUUGCAGGCCAAAAAGCACCCGAGGUUGACAGAGUUGAUCAGGGCUGGAACUUCCAUCACUCGGCCACGAGCGCAGACACUGGAUCACAGCAGCCCUCCUCUGCCCAUUAUUAAGCCCCAUGUCCAGGGGCCAUCGACGCCCACGCAGGCUCCUGUUUCCAUCCGUCGGGCGUCAUAUUCUUCCCCAACGAAUGCGGUUAUCUCAAAUCGUGUUCCACCAAUAUACCCUCCCGCGCUGAAGGUUCCGGUUCAAAUUUCCGCCAUCAUCCACAGGGACAUGGCUUAUACCCACAACCCCAUGAGACCACAGCUGUACUAUCGCAUCCCUGUCAGGCAUCAGUUGGCUCAAGCCGCAGCCAAACCUCUGUGGCUUGUUCAAAUUAAGGUGCCUAUCAGACCCUCAAUCGAGUAG